UUGCAGAUUACUGAAAUAUUUCAACUGUCGCCUUCAACGGUGUUCUUUAUUGGUUUUAUACCUCCAGUGAUUGGAGCAUUUUUGUCUAUUGCUAUUGCUUUUUUGUUUUAUAACGAUGAAAUCAGCAACUAUAAUUGGCAAUGCGGGCGAGCGCGGUUUCCUUCACUUUCACGAAUAAUAAAUUUGCCGCUAGGACGAAUAAUUUGGCAAAUAUCAAUUCUCGCUCAUGUUCCCGUUCGAUUUAUCGAACUUUUUACAGGAUUAAGCAGAUAUAAGCGAUUAUUGAGUGUGAAUUAUAAAUACAAAAAAUACUAUGAACUUUAUCGAUAUACCUAUUUUUAUAGCGGAAUGAUCGAAUUGUUAUUACUUAGCGGAGUCUCCAUUAUUGGUGAAAGAGAAAGAUUACAUGUUUGUUUAUUUUAUUUGUAUGGUCUUUUCAGUAUGAUAUUUUUUAUUUCGAACAUUAAAUGUCAUCGACAGUCACUUUAUUAUCUCAAUCCUUACGGACGAAUAUCAUAUUAUGCCAAAAUAACUCUAUGUAUGGGAUUUUUGACAACAGCACCGAUUCUAUUUUGCGCAUUCAUGCUUUAUUGGAAAGCAUGUAUUACGGUUGCAUACGAUAUUUUUGCAUUGUGUGAAUAUUUGGAAGUGGCUUUUACCAUAUUAUAUCAUGGUUGUGCAUUUUUUGAUAUCAGAUACAAAGUAAAAUUCAGUGUAAGAGUUGCUGAAGAGAUUCAGUCUAUUGAGGACUCGACAAUAUCAGCAAAUUUGCAGUUAUAA